UCACCUUGCUCAGAUUCCCUCCAAUUCUGUCCGUCUUUCCUCCAAAGAAAUCUUUAUCCUUUUUAUUCUCUCUUUCAAGAUCAAAAACCCUAACUCUCCGAAAUCCCUCCUAAAUCCCCACACACAAAAAAAUGGUGUUCUAUCUGCUCUCGAUCUGGGGUGAGCUCGAGAACAUCACCAAUCUCCAACCUCUAGGGGGCUGCGAUGAUCCCAACUUCCCCUACCGCUUCAAGGUCAAGUGUGAGAACUGCGGAGAGAUCAGCCAGAAGGAGACUUGCGUCGUGCUUUCUGAAACCGUUCCUCUCUCCAACGGCCGGGCGACUGCGAAUCUCGUGCAGAAGUGCAAAUUGUGUGGGAGGGAGGGAUCUAUUCAGAUGAUUCCAGGACAGGGUCAACCACUGACUCUUGAACAGAGCCAGGCUGAAAAGUUUUCUACUUUGAUGGUGUUUGAUUGCAGGGGCUUUGAACCGAUUGGUUUUUCUUUUAGUAAUGGUUGGAAGGCUGAAUCAACAAGUGGCACAGUUUAUGAAAUUGAUCUGUCUGAAGGGGAUUUUGCGGACUAUGAUGAAAAAGGAGAAUGCCCUGUUGGGGUUUCCAAUCUCCAAGGAAAGUUUAAACCGGUGAAAAAGAAUGAUCGACAUGGAAAGACUACUUACAGUUGAUGCUUGGGUUCUAAGAAGUGAGUCUCACUUGGUAAUGCACAUACAUUUUGGUUGUAAAUGUUUUUUUAGGAGAUUUCAACGCUAUUAACUGUGAUAUUGAUACUGUGUGGGUGAUGUUACACGUUGGAGCUUCUGAUAUAUGCUGGCAACUUUGCAUGAAAUUUGUGUUUUGUACA